UGCUCACGCCAUCGCGGUGCACCAAGACUGAGGUGGAUGCCGGUGAAUCGAAUCAGGACGAGUGCACGAUAGAGGCCAACCGUGAGGGUUGAGUGGAGUGGAUUCUGGCGCGGCGCCCCUCCCUCGGUGUUGAUCCCAGUCGCGCCUGCACUUGCGAGUGCUUGGGUGCUAUCGAUAGCAGACAGACGCUAGCAAGCGCACAGAACGCCAAAUUUCGCGGCAAGGCGGGGAGCAGCACCACGACACGACAUUCACCCCCCCUAAAGCACCCGUGUGCCGUCGCCCAAACGAAUACCCAACAUGAGUCUGCGCGAGCGUGUUCCGCCGCAGUACCAGAAUGGCGAGGCUGCCAGGCGCGCCCCGGAUGACGACUCAGACGUCGAGGAGGAGGCCAUGGCGAACGACUACCGGGAGCAGGUCCAAUACGACGGCAUGGAGGACCUCGACCGCAUGCCCUCGAUCAACAGCAACCAGGACAUCCACGCGCAACUGCAGGCCGCGGCAACCCCCCUCGAAUUCCAGGCCACCCUAGAGACCAAGUUUGCGAGUUACGACAGCUACUGCAACCUCUUCCACUACAUCCUGAACUCCGAGGGUCCCGUCGACCUGGAAGUGCCAAACUACUACUGGGCCUGGGAUGUCAUCGACGAGUUCAUCUACCAGUUCAACAGCUUCUGCAGCUACCGCCAACGGGUCGCCCAGAAGAACGAGAACGAGGAGGAGAUUGCGCUCCUGCGCGAGAACCCAAACACAUGGGGCUGCUACAGUGUCCUCAACGUCCUGUACUCGCUCAUCCAGCGGUCACAGAUUAGCGAGCAGCUCGCGGCCAUGAAGCGGGGCGAAGACGCGAGUCUGUACGCUGGCGAGUACGGCAACAGGCCGCUUUACAAGAUGUUGGGAUACUUCUCCAUCAUCGGUCUGCUCCGCGUGCACUGCCUGCUCGGAGACUUCAGCCUGGCGCUCAAGACGCUCGACGACAUUGAGCUUAACAAGAAGGCCAUGUUCGCCCGUGUCAUGGCCGCACACUUCACCACAUACUACUACGUCGGAUUCUCGUACAUGAUGAUGCGACGAUACUCGGAUGCCAUCCGCAUGUUCAGCCACAUCCUCGUCUACGUCUCACGGACAAAGAACUUCCAGAAGAACGCACAGUACGACUCCAUCACCAAGAAGAACGACCAGAUGUACGCACUUGUCGCCAUUUGCGUAGCGUUCCAGCCCACCAGGCUCGAUGACACCAUUCACACUGCUCUGAGGGAGAAGUACGGCGAGCAGUUUAACAGGCUUCAGCGCGGUGGCCCUGAAUCUCUCCCUCUCUUCGAGGAGCUGUUCCGCACCGCCUGCCCCAAGUUCAUCAGCCCCACACCCCCCGACUUCGACAACCCAGAGGUCAACAUCGACCCCGUGGAGCACCACCUCCGCAUCUUCAUGGACGAGGUCAAGAACAACAUGAUGUCGCCCACCGUCAAGAGUUACCUCAAGCUCUACACAACCAUGGAUCUUAAGAAGCUCGCUGGAUUCUUGGAGGUUGAGCCAGAGAAGCUGAGGUGCUGGUUGCUUGUCAACAAGCAGAGGAGCAGGCAAAUAAGGUGGGCCGAGGGCGGUCUGCUGGAUGGUGAUAUCAUCCAAGCUAGCGAUCUCGACUACGCCAUGGAGGGCGACCUUAUUCACGUUUCAGAGGCAAAGGUCGGCAGGAGGCUUGUCGACUGGUACCUCCGCAACUUGGCCAGGACGUACUAGGCUAUCACGAGUGUUUUCUGAGAGCGACUAUUCACAUUCGGGGCUUAGCCACAAUAGAGCAUUGCGCUUGGAGUUGGAGGAAUAUACGGCGUGCAUCCAAAAGCGUGUUUGCGACAUCUGAAGAUACGCUUAGGCAAAGGCAAGGCGAUUAUAGGGGCCCAGGUCUGGGUUAUUCAUGGCUGGGGGAGCCUGUCCGCCGUGAGCGAGGAGCGGGCCGAAGGAAGGACAGGAUGAGCGAGCGAACAAUGGGCUUGCACAAUACCAAAUAAACUUUUCCGACUUUCAAACACACGUCUUGGAAGCGAUUCAAAUGUGGAUGCGUGAAUCCUUGCAACUCCAUCUUGUUCAUCGUGUGGG